AUGGAUGCUUCAACGCAACGUGGCGGCACUCCACGCACCUCGCGCUUGCCAGUUCCCCGUGCUUCAGGCAUUCCUCGGCCGACUUUCUCGACUGGCACUCUGGACUCACCGGCUGUUUCUGCAGCUCGACCUGCCGCUGCUGCGCCUGCAGGCCCUGCUGGCACAAAGGAGCUUCACAACCCCAAGGUGCGCAAGUCGCUUGGCGGCGCGCCACUAAGAUCACCUGCUUCUCGAGAGCAGCUCCGUACGGCAAGCAUUAGUCGGCCACCGGCGCAGAGGCCUCCUGGUAGCCGAGUUUCCUCGACAGCUCAAAGACGCACCAGUCUUUUUGUCGAUCGAAUGCCUAGCAGGGCCUCCACCAUCGCCGACCGCGAUGCUGAUGAGCUCCUCGGCAACCGACGGGCCAGCCGUGCCGGCCUGCUCCCAGACCAUGACGAUGACUUUCCGACUGAAGAUGAAGAUGUUGAUCUGCCUCCAUUGGGUGCAAAGUAUCUCCAAACACCCAAUAAGAGGUCCGGAAAGCCCCGACCAUCGUUGACUGAACGCACAAUGGAGACCCUGGCCAACGUACCCUCCUCUCCAGCAAUAAACAGAAAGCCCUCGUCCCUCUUUGACCAUUCCCGGCCUAGAUCACGGUCAGGCAGUGUCAGCUCUAGACCCGGCUCUAGCUACAACUCCGAUGGCUCAGGACGCCCUCAUUCGAGGUCAUCAAGCCGUCCCGGCUCCAGGGCCGACAACGAUGGAUACGGAGGAGCCUACAGAUCUGCUCUUUCCACCAUUGACGGUACUCCUGAGAGAGCCGGAGGCAGAGGGCUAGCCAAGACGCCCAAUUCGCGUAUCGGCUUGAAGCCCUCCCUGGCAUCAGCCUCCAAGCCAUUGCCUGUUCCAACCAGCCCCAGCCCCGAGAAGCAAGCAAAACAGCCACUCAGGUCACGACCUGCACCUGCGAAUCCUCUCAAGUCCAAGGCGUCCUCCAACGGCCUCUUCAAGAAACCGGCUAUACCAGCUACUAGCACAAAUGCAUCUGGCUCGAAUGCGGGGGAUCAGGCCUGGGAUGGUGCGAUUGCCCCGCUGACAAUUACCAAAACCCGCACAAUUGCAUCAGAAGAUCGGCCGGGUCUUGCCCAUAGAAAGUCAUCCGCUGCACUGCGCGAUCAGAUUGCAAAGGCAAAGGCUGCCAGAAAAGCUUCCUCAAAGUUGGACUCGCCUUCUGUUCAGGACGUGCCCAUCGCGAUGGGUGGCGGCAUGGACUUUGGUAUUGAAGACUACCCUGACCCUUUUGGUCAAAACAAGAACGAAUCGGCUGGCGUUAAGGUUCUUCAACAGCGCAUUGCUGCCGGUCGAACCACCGGUCGUCUAAACAUCGCCGCACUGGGGCUCAAGGAGAUGCCUGCUGAAGUUCUCGACAUGUACAACCUGAAUUCCAUAUCUGGCGGCAGUAGUUGGGCCGAGAGUGUCGACUUAACUCGACUUGUUGCUGCUGACAAUGAGUUCGAAACCUUGGCCGAUGUUUUGUUCCCCGAUUCGAUACCCGAUGAAUUUGACAUGGGCGACGACAAUGAUGCGCCACCCAACAUCUUUGGUGGUUUGGAGACCAUGGACUUGCACGGCAAUAAACUCGCAGCUGUCCCCAUUGGGUUUCGCCGCUUGUGUCAACUGACGUCUCUCAACCUGUCGAAAAACAACCUUGACAGCAACUGCCUCCAAAUACUGUCACAGAUGACAGCCCUUAGAGAUCUCAAGCUCGCUAACAACAAUCUUUCCGGUCCCUUGAAUGCUGCAAUCUCUUUGCUUGAUGGGCUUGAAGUCCUGGAUUUACAUGACAACAAGCUUUCCAGUCUUCCACAAGACAUGCACAAGAUGAGCCGUCUUCGCAUCUUGGAUCUGGGUCAGAACAACUUCGAGUCCAUCUCCUUUGCGGCUCUUGCCGAUCUGCCUCUCAGCCAGCUCGUGCUUCGUCAGAACAAGUUAAAUGGAACAUUGAUCCAAGACCCCAUUGAUGCAAUGCGCACACUGCAGACGCUUGAUAUCUCCUGUAACCAAAUCAAAUACAUCAUGCCAUCAUCUACCGUGGUUGCCUUUCCAGCUUUACAUACGCUGUCGGCAUCCAUGAACAGGCUGCAAGAGCUUCCUGAGAUGUCAUCCUGGUCAAGCUUGCUCACUUUGACUCUGGACGAAAAUGGCAUCGCGGCUAUUCCUGAAAGCUUUAUGAGCCUUACAAAACUGCGACAAGUUGACUUUUCCGGCAAUGACAUUCGUAUGGUGCCUCCAGAGCUUUCAAGAAUGGACAGCCUAUCCAUGAUUCGACUCAGCGGCAACCCACUUCGUGACAAGAAAUUUGUGACCGCCACGACUGACGAGCUAAAGGAAAUUCUCGCUGGCAGAUUGGAGCCUCCGCCUCCCUAUCAAGAACAGGGAGAAAAUGUAGUCGGCCUCAUGGCAAAGCUGGCAGAAGCCCAAAAAACUCGGGGGGGCGCCAGGCAUGUUGUCGAUGACGAGGGCAAGUCGGACGCUGAUGAUGAUUUUACCACGCCUCCCACAUCACGUCCCCAUUCACCAUCACGGUCACGGUCGCAGACUAUGGAUAGCGUUCAAACACAAUUCCACAUGCCCGUGCUGGAGGACUGGCAAGUCAGAGCCGGCGGAGUCCUUGACCGAUCUCGCACGGGUAGCUCUGUGCUGGAUGCCACCAAGUUUGCCGAAGCCAAUGAUAGGCAGCCUAUCAGACAGCUGCUUCUCCACCACAAUCUUUUCACCAAUAUUCCUGACAAUUUGGUUGUAGUUGCGAGGAGCCUCACCUCUCUCUCACUAGCAAACAAUCAGCUUACCGGAGCCGAGUAUCUAAAACAGCCGCUUGAGCUACCUGCUCUGCAAGAGCUCAACCUGGCUGCGAACCGAAUCACAUCGCUCGAACCUCUUCUAGAAUGCCUUGACGCGCCUUCUCUCGAAACGCUUGAUAUUUCUACCAAUCGCAUGACCUGUCUGCCUUUGGGCCUUUUGGACAAGCUCCCACGACUACGUGUUUUGCUUGCCAACAAUAAUCAAAUCUCGGAGCUUCGCCCGGAGUCGAUUAAAGGCAUCAAAAUUGUAGAAAUUGCCAACAACGAGAUCGGCCAGCUGGAACCCAUGAUUGGUCUUCUUGGAGGCGCCAGCGGCCUCGAGCGUCUGGAUGUGUCUGGCAACAGAUUCAAAGUACCUAGGUGGAACAUCUUGGAACAAGGGACACAUGCGUUACUGCACUGGCUACGUGAACGCGUUUCAGAAGAAGCAAUGGAGCGCUGGCGAGAGCAAAACGGGGAUGACGAUUGA